ACAGAACCCAUCACUAUAUCUCAGAAGUUAGUUGUCAAAUAAUAUUAUAACUUUUCAGGGAAGCAAAGAAAAGUUGAAAAAUAUCAAGGUCACGAUGUCGGACAACGAAAUAGAGUCCUAUAUGGAGGAGUUGGAAGAGGAGAUGCUUGCGGCCAGAGGCAGAAUUCCCAUUGUGGGUCCAGUGAGUCCCAAUCCAAAUCUCCAUAUGGUCGACUAUGCACCACUCUUUUCCUCCUCGAUCACCUCACUGGAUGGUGGUAGCCAGGGAUCCUAUUCCGAUUCGGAAUUCGAAAUGAACAUGAACAGGACACCUUCCCCUAGAUUCGGUAGUCGCAGUGAAAUCGAACAGGCCAUUGCAGCCGAAUUAGAGGCCGCCGAUAUUGCUCAAUCCUUGGAGAAUUGGCGUUCGGCUUUGAGAACAGUACCAGCUACCACAGAUUUGACCUUGCCACAGACACGCCUUCUUAACAUGGGUCGUUCCCCUUCACCAUCUUCACCCUACUCGGCCUCGCCAUCGACCUCGAUAUCGCAAUUGAUUCAGCAGAGAACCCGCAGGGUCAGGCGUCUGCAAAUGCUGAAUUCCAUGAUCCAGGAUCUGCAGGAUAGCCUGCCAGCGAUCGGUGAGCGUCGUCGUCGUCAUCGCAAUCGUCGACGAAGGAUUGUUCAUUUCGAGGAUCAUGACCAUUACCACGAGCGAUUCCCAUCGAAUGCCUAUGCCGAGGUCCUGCGUCGUGGCAAUAGCAUGAGUGAUUGCAGCCAAUGCAGCAGUGCCGAGGAGGAUGCCCCCAUAGUUCCCAGUCAUCUGGUGGAGUGGUCAUACCCAGGACCAACUAAUUAAUUAAAUUUUAAUGCAUUUUGAUAUUUUAAAAUGUAUAUAUAUUAUAUUAUAUAUACUUUUUGGACAAGGGACUAGAAUAUAAGGCUGUGUUUACAUCAAACUAAAAUUCAAAUGGAAAUAAAUAAAAGAGGAAUUUCCCUA